AUUAAGCCCUGCCCACCGCGAACAGCCCUCUCUUCGGAAAAGAGCGCUGUUAUUGUGCUGCACUUUCCUUCUUGCUUCGGGUCUGAUCAGAAAAUACAAACGCGAGCUAUCGAAGGAAACCCUUCCCUUUCUCCCAUGGCGGAGGUUCGCGAGCGUCUCCUUCCCCCACGGCGCUUUUCAUCUGCAGCUUCUAUCAACCAGAACGCUGCCCACUCCCCUGCUAUCGUGCGCCGGCCGUUGUUCCAGGGCAUGGACGUACUGGGUUUAAAGAAGCGAGGGCAGGGCCUGCGUUCUUGGAUCCGGGUUGAUGCGGCGACCGGUGGAUCACAGGUGAUCGAGGUGGAUAAGUUCACGAUGAUGCGGCGGUGCGAUCUGCCGGCGCGGGACCUCCGGUUGCUUGACCCACUCUUCGUGUAUCCCUCGACGAUCCUGGGGCGGGAAAAGGCCAUCGUCGUAAAUCUGGAGCAGAUUCGAUGCAUCAUCACCGCAGAUGAGGUCCUCCUCCUCAAUUCCCUUGACAGCUAUGUGCUACAGUAUGUCAACGAGUUGCAGCGACGGCUCGCCGCACACUCCGGUGAUGGCCUUCACGGAUGGUCUACUUCGCCAGACUACCUCCCUUUCGAGUUCCGUGCACUAGAAGUGGCGCUUGAGGCCGCCUGCACGUUCCUCGAUACCCAGGCUGGUGAACUUGAAACUGAAGCAUACCCCUUGUUAGAUGAACUAACAUCAAAGAUCAGUACUUUGAACUUGGAGAGAGUGCGCCGUCUUAAAAGCAGACUUGUUGCAUUAACUAGGAGAGUUCAGAAGGUUAGGGAUGAGAUAGAGCAAUUAAUGGAUGAUGAUGGUGAUAUGGCUGAAAUGUAUCUUACAGAAAAGAAAAGUCGAUUGGAAGCCUCAUUCUUUGGUGACCAGUCUUUGCUUGGAUAUAGUUCUGCUGGAGCUGGCCUAUCAGUUUCUGCCCCUGUUUCUCCUGUUUCUUCUCCAACUGAUUCACGGAAACUUGAGAAGGCAUUAAGCCUUUCUCGUAGUAGGCAUGACAGUAUGAGAAGCUCAGAAAGCAACAAAGAGAAUAUAGAGGGUUUGGAAAUGUUGUUGGAGGCUUAUUUUGUCGUUAUUGACAGCACGCUAAACAAGCUUACUUCUCUGAAGGAGUAUAUUGAUGACACAGAAGAUUUCAUCAACAUUCAGCUUGACAAUGUUAGAAAUCAGCUCAUCCAAUUUGAACUCUUGCUCACCACUGGAACUUUUGUUGUCGCCAUUUUCGGGGUUGUUGCUGGAGUUUUUGGUAUGAACUUCGCAAUACCAUUGUUUGAUGAUCCAAUUGCGUUUCAGUGGGUUCUCAUUGUUACUGGAAUCUGUGGCAUCAUCAUCUUCUGUGGCUUCUUGUGGUAUUUUAAAUACAGAAGACUAAUGCCUUUGUAGAUGCAAUGGCUUUUUAUUCUCUAGUCAAAGCAAAUCUACAAAAUCAGUAAGAGGCCUUCUAUUUUGGUUUCCAUCAAUGUAUUAUCAUUCUUUUGAAUUUGCAGUAGUGCCUGCAAUUGGCUACCAGAAUUAGCUUCUUGCUGCUGUAAAUGAUGUGCCUUAAUAAUGCGUUAUAUGUUUUAUUCUUA